CUGAGGACGAGUUUCCACGAAUGAUCCCGACGCCAGAUCUUUCACAUCUUACAGAUCAAGAUAAACUCCACGUGUAUGACCCUGCCGAGGACACAUUCUUAUUCCUUGACGCGCUCGAACAAGACGCCGAAGAUCUCAAAGGUGAAAAGCCGUUGAUCUGCCUUGAGAUAGGCUCAGGAUCAGGAUGUGUCUCUGCAUUCAUAGGUUCAAUCCUGGGAUCCACAAAUACACUCUAUCUCUGCACGGACAUAAACAAUCGUGCUUCAGACUGUACUCACAGAACUGGUCGCCGUAACAAGAUCCCACUAGAUCCAAUCACAUGUGAUCUAGCUCGACCACUGUUAAAGCGUUUGCAGCGCUCGGUCGAUAUCAUCUUGUUCAACCCGCCCUAUGUGCCAACGGAAUCAGAAGAAGUAUUGUCUGCCCAGUUAGAUCGUGGCAUUUCUGGUUCAUGGGCAGGGGGGACCAAUGGCAUGGAGGUAACCAGUCGCUUCUUGGAAACCGUCGAGGCACUACUGUCCGAGCGGGGCAAAUUCUAUCUCGUCACUCUGGAUGGUAAUGACGUUCCGGAGAUCCGCGAGAGAAUGUUUCGUGCAUUCCGUCUGCAGUGCCAGAUCGUAGCGCAGCGGCGGGCGGGCAUCGAGAACUUACACAUCUUGCAGUUUUCACGGGUGAAUCGGUAGUGCCUGCUGAAUCCAGGCAGCAGCGAUCUGGUUGACUUUGCCCUAUUUGUUGCGAAGUAUGCAUACGAAGUGACUGCAACAACAAUUUGCUCUUAUGAGUUGCAACGGAUAAGCUUUCCACUAUCUGGGGAAUAUGGCCAAAGGGCUGGUUCCCUCCUGCUGUUGUUGACUGCGAGAACUGACUUAUGUAUGUCACGCUACCAGCCCAACUGUGCAAUCGCAACCUUCCCAUGGCAUACCCACCUUCGUGAUGCUUACCGUUGAUACCAAAAUCUGACU